UGCACCACUUCCUUCACAGCAGAGGAUGCGCAAUCCGUAUUCAUUCCCAGUGUUUUGGGCCAGGGGUUCAUUCCUCCGGAGGGCCAUGUGCCCAUGGCUCAGCUGUUCGCAGUCGGUGAUCAGCAUUACACCGCGAAUGGCACGGCUUGGAUCCUGAUGAACGCUACUGCUGAGCUCUUCAAUUCGCGCUUCGAGAAAGUUGGCAUCCACUUCUACGAGGCGCAAGUUGAUUCCAAGGGCGGCCAGCCCUCCUGGAUGACCCCGUGCCCUCGAAGCCUCGUCACCGGCAAGCGCGUCUUCACCGCGCAAGUUCAAAACAACAGCAUCACAUGGGCACUGCUGGAGGCUACCAAUUCCCACGGAUCCUCUGGCUUAUUUGGCAGAUGUGACCUACGUUCAAAGGCUGUUCACAGAACGGGCUACCUCCUCAAUCUGCGCCCACAGAAAUCAAUGCUACCUUCAGCUCGUCCUACACAUCUUUCUACGUGUACUACAAGCAGCUGUAGAUACAAAGAGGCUGAUGUGGAGAAGAGGCAGUUGGAGAAGGAGGGCCCUUCGCACAAGUCUCGAUGACGACAUUUCAAAUGCUCCGUUGCUCUAUGUAGGAAAAGCAGUCGGCCAUGGAUCGAGAUGAAGGUGUCGAUGGCUGGGUUGGUGAUUGGCCGGGCCAAUCAAUUCAGAGCUCGGCGGGUCCUCAAGGAAUAGAUCACACAUACAGAACGCCCUGCGAGAGACUUGGUAGAGUGUCAUAGACGGCCAUGGCCGUGACAGGCCUCGACGUCUAAGACUCGCGAUCCAUUUUUGUGGUCUAUAUAUUCUCGGGACCUCUCGUCUUCGAAUCGGAUGAGUUUUAUGAAAUGGUGAUCCUCUUCGAACGUAUCUGAUACCUGUACAGACUGAUUCUUGUGAAAGAGGGGGCUCCCUCACAAGAUCUAUCGAGCUUCGGAGCCAUCGUCAUUCCCUCAAAACAUUUGGAAGACAUGUAGAGAAUAAGAGUCGGGUCCACCCAUUCGGGAUGUACCCGGGAACGCACGGAGUUCCAUUCCAAGGAGUCUUCGUGGUUUACUAUGGAUUCAUGGAUGCUGGAGUUUCCACACGUACGAUCACCACCUAGAUAGAACGAAGUCCCAGCAUAAGUGG